AUGGCAUCCGAAAUCAGCACGAACAAAGUAUACGUCGUCACCGGUGCCAACAGGGGUCUCGGCCUUGGUCUCACCAAGGCCCUUCUAUCUCGUCCCAGCACUACCGUCAUAGCCACAGUGCGCAACGACGAAGCAGCUGCAAGCCUGCACACUGAGCAUUUAGAUAGGACAGAAACUGGUCAGGGCAGUGCGCUGCACAUCAUCCAGCUGGAUUUCACAGCAGCCUUAAGCCCUGAGAGAAUCUUCGAACGCUUCUCCAAGACGGUCGACAAAAUUGAUCACAUCGAUGUUCUAAUCAACAAUGCCGGGUUCGCCGCGCCAAUGCACCCCGCAACCCAAACCCCCGCCGAGGACCUCCGUGCCAGCUUUGAGGUGAACACAAUCGCGCCGUUAAUGGUCUUUCAAGCCCUUUGGCCUCUGCUCCAAAAGUCUCCCUCGGGAGCACCAAAAGUCAUCCUGAUUUCGUCAUCUGUCGGCUCUAUCCGAGCUCAGGAGCCCAUGACUGGGGGUGCAUAUGGACCCAGCAAAGCAGCUGCAAACUGGCUAGUUCGUGCCCUACAUCUUCAGAACAAGGAUAAAGGGCUCGUUGCAGUUGCGCUUCAUCCUGGUUGGGUUCAGACGAGGAAUGGUCAUUUCGCUGCGAAGGAGUGGAAUUACGCCCCAGGUCCGCCGGAUACGGUGGAGGAUAGUGUGAAAGGUAUGCUAGAGGUUAUUGAUAAAGCUACAAGGGAUACUACCUCGGGAGAGUUUGUUGCGCAGACUGGGGAGGUUAUUCCUUGGUAG